CUAACAAGAGUGAGAAAUAAUUCUUCAUCGCAAAUAUGGAGACGGAAAACAAGAGAACGCUGAAAGACCGUUUUGCCCUGAGGCGUGAUAUCACCAAAGAAUUUCUAGCAGAAUUUCUCGGGACGUUUGUAUUAAUUCUCUUUGGGUGUGGAUCCGUUGCCCAGACGGUGCUGAGUCGGGGGACACAGGGAGAGACCCUGACCAUACACAUUGGCUUCACUCUCGGAGUGAUGAUGGCUGUCUACAUUGCAGGGGGGGUGUCAGGAGCCCAUGUGAAUCCCGCAGUGUCCCUUGCAAUGGUCAUCCUGGGCAGACUGAAGGUGGCAAAGUUCCCUGUGUAUGUACUGGCACAGUUCCUUGGUGCCUUUAUGGGAGCCGCAGUUGUCUUUGGGCUGUAUUACGAUGCCUUCAUUAACUAUACCGGAGGAGUCCUGACAGUGACUGGUAACAAUGCCACCGCUGGCAUCUUUGCCUCUUACCCUGCCUCACACCUCACAAUCCGGAAUGGAUUCAUAGACCAGGUUAUUGCAACAGGCUCCCUGGUCAUGUGCAUCCUGGCCAUCCUUGACGGGAAGAACAUCGGGGCUCCCAGGGGAAUGGAGCCCCUGGUCAUCGGUCUGAUCAUCAUGGCCAUCGGGGUGUCUAUGGGCCUGAACUGCGGAUAUCCCAUCAACCCUGCCAGAGACCUGGGCCCCAGGCUCUUCACUGCAACUGCUGGGUGGGGCAGAGAAGUCUUCAGGGCGGGGGGGUACUGGUGGUGGGUUCCCGUGGUGGGCCCCAUGGUGGGGGGUGUGGUGGGGGCAGUGGUGUACCUCCUGUUCAUCGAGCUGCACCACGCCAAGCCCGAGAAGCAACCGGAGGAGGAGAACAAUGUCAAGGACAAAUACGAGAUCAUCGCCAUGAGCUAA